CCCAAACCGCAGGGUGUGAGCUGCAGCCAUGGCCGAGGGACGCAGCGGGGGCGCCGGCCUCUUCGCCAAGCAGGUCCAGAAACGCUUCAGCAGGGCUCAGGAGAAGGUUUUGCAAAAACUGGGCAAAACAGUGGAAACCAAAGACGAGCAGUUCGAGCAGAGUGCCUACAACUUCCAGCUGCAGCAGAAUGAAGGCAAUAAACUCUAUAAAGACCUCAAGGCUUUCCUCAGUGCAGUGAAAGUGAUGCACGAGAGCUCCCGGAAAGUGGCCGAAACGCUGCAGGAGAUUUACAGCAGCGACUGGGACGGUCACGAGGAGCUGAAAGCCAUCGCAGCUAGCAACGACCUCCUGUGGGAUGACUACGAGGCGAAGCUGUCCGACCAAGCCCUGAGGCUGAUGGAGAACUACUUGGCUCAGUUUGGGGACUUUAAGGAGCGGAUUGCCAAGCGAGGACGGAAGCUGGUGGACUACGACAGCGCCCGGCAUCACCUGGAGGCUCUGCAAGGGGCCAAGAAGAAGGAUGAGGCCAAAAUCGCCAAGGCUGAGGAAGAGUUUAAUAAAGCCCAGACAGUGUUUGAAGACCUGAACAGGGACCUUCGGGAGGAGCUGCCGGUGCUGUAUGGCAGCCGCAUCGCCUGCUACGUGACCAUCUUCCAGAACAUCUCCAACCUCCGUGAUGUCUUCUACAAGGAGAUGAGCAAGCUCAACAGAGACCUCUACGAGGUGAUGAGCAAACUGGACAAGCAGCAUUCCAGCAAAGUCUUCAUUGUUAAAGGCAUCUCCAGCAACCGGCGCUCGCUGGUCAUCUCCUCGCCCGUGAGUCCCCCAGCCAUGUUCCCUUGCCCAGGGAAGACACCAGACUGGCAGCCCAUGGUGGAAGCAGAGGCCACAGUGGGGUCUCCUGGGGUGGGCAGUGGUGCCACCGACCCCAUGUCCAACGGGGAGCUGGGCUCUGCCAUCCCUGGCCCACCCCCGGCUUCACCCGCCAGCGGCGGCUCCCUGUCCGAGACGGCUUCGAUCUGCAGCGAGGAGGCUCCAGAGCUCAGUCCCAGCCCUGAAGCCUCAUCCCACGAGCAGGGGCCAUCAGUGCUGGGCACUGACAUCCCUGAGCUCAGCCAGUGCCCAGGUCUGGAGGCAGAGGGGGCUGCUGGGGGGGCACAGCCGGGUGCCACGGGCAUCGCCGCCUCUCUGGCGUCGCUGAUUCUAUCCGAGGCCAUUGCCCAGGUCGCUGGCACCUCUGCACCUGCAGCUGGGCUGGAGGCUACUGCAGGGGGCCUCCAUCAGCCAGAUGAUGUGGCCACCAACAGUGAUGCUGAGGAGUGGCCCAGGGACUCACCACCCCCAGCUCCAGGCGUCCCCUGCGAUGGGCCUGGUGCUGAGCACAGUGACUCUGAGGAGAGUGUGGAGCUGAUGGAUGUGGAGCCCAAGGUGGCCAAAACUCAGAUGGGACUGGAUCCAGCCCCCAACGUGGUGUCAAGCAGCUGCUCCAGGGACAGUGGUUCCCCCUCCAGCUCCUCAACUGGGGAGCAAAGCUGUCCCGGGACACUGGAGCAAGAGAGAAGCCAGAACUCCUCACCAGCAGCAACCCCCUCCCAGGACCCCUCUGAGACCCUCACCCCGCUGUGA